AUGGUUGUCGGAGAGUCCAGAUCAGACCUUUUGGCGUGGUUAAACAGCACACUCGAGUUGAAGUACAACCGAAUAGAAGAAUGUGGGAAAGGAGCAGCCUUUUGUCAAUUAAUGGACUGUAUAUAUGGAGGGGUACCAAUGGCGAAGGUCAAAUUCGACGCUACCACGGAGUAUGAUUAUCGUCAGAAUUGGAAGAUAUUGCAGGCAGCAUUCACCAAACAUUCGGUCACCAAGGUCAUUGAUGUGGAGCGGUUAAUCAAAUGCCGCCUACAGGACAACUUGGAGUUACUACAGUGGUUUAAGCGCCAAUGGACAGAGAACAAAGGGGUGAAUGAUAAUUACGAUGCUAGAGCAAGAAGAAAGGGAGGUGCCAGUGCAGGGAACGGCGUACCGAACGCAAGACCCGCGGCUGUCACUAGAGCAUCAGUGAGUGGAUCUAGAUCCUCAUCUACAUCCUCCUCCACUCCCACUUCGAGGAGAACUACAAUAAGUAGUACUCCUAUCAUGGCACAGUUGAAUAAAGAGCUAUCCGAGGCAAUGUCUGAAGUCGGGCAAUUAAAUGAAGAGCUUCAAGAGUACAAGUUGUCAGCGGAAACGUUGGAAACAGAGAGAAACUUCUACUUCAACAAGCUCCGUGAAAUCGAAAUUUUGGUACAGAACAUUAACGAUUUGAUUGAUGCUAACAAUUUUGCUCAAUUGAAGGAAUUAACUGUGGUGGAUUUGAACAAAAAGAUUCAAACAAUUCUAUACUCAACAGAAGAAGGAUUUCAAACAACACCAAUCGAGGACGAUAUCGACAACAGCCUUCUCCAUGAGCAUCAAAGCACAGAUAUUGAUGCAGACAUGCUGCUCCCCGAGCCAGCAGAUGACCUUGAUAACGACUCCUUCUAG